CCGAGACAGCCUUCCCGACUUGCCCCGGCGACAGAAGCCGAAGCCGGCCUGUCUCUGCCGAGCCCGAGGCAGCAUCAUCCUUUCAUCUACAUAUCUCGUAUCGUCGGGCCUCCAUAAACUUACUCACUUACUUCUCUUCACCUCAAUUUCUGAACCUUGUAGCUACUCUCGGUGACACCACAUCAUCGUCAUGUUCGGCCUCAGUACCAGACGGUCCGCCGUCGCCCGUUCGAAAUGCCUCUCCAGCACCAUCAACCGCGCAAUUACACAGCAGCACCCGGCACUGUCACCGUCACUGCUCGCAAGCCGAGACUUCCACACCAGCCGCGCCGAUGCAGCCCACCCUCCUCCGACCUGGUUGCCCAUGCGGGUUAAGACCCCUUGGAUCGAAGCCCUGACCAAGAGCCGCGAGGCGGCGCAAUCAGGACAGGCUGGUGCGCCUUAUACGUCGGGGAAACCCGAUCUGACGCCCAAGAGGAUGUCGGACAGUUACUACAAGGCUAUUCUCCCCCUAGCCCAGGAUAAGUGGCUUUUGGACACCUAUCUCAACGCCUCGGGUCAUAUCAGACUCGGAUCAUUGCUGAUGGAUCUCGACGCGCUGGCCGGCGUCAUCGCCUACCGACACACCGGCGACCACGUCACGACGGUGACCGCGGCCGUGGACCGCAUCACCAUCGAGCACCCAUUGAUGGAGAUCUGCGACCUCGAGCUCAGCGGCCAGGUCACCUACGCGACGGGGCGGUCGAGUAUGGAGGUGUCGCUGCAGGUGGCCAAAGCCCCGCCGGCCGGCGAGGAAGCGAAGCCCGAGGACGUCUUGAUCACCUGCGCGUUCACGAUGGUGUCGCUGGACCCCGCGACCAAGAAACCCGUCUCCAUCGCGCCGCUCCUCGUCGAAACCGCCGAAGAGCGUCUCCUCUACAAAAAGGGCGAGGAGAACUCGCGAGCCAAAAAGGCCCUUCGCACGCGAAGUCUCCUCGAAAAGGCGCCCAACGAGCGCGAAAGUAACCUGAUCCAUUCCAUGUGGACGAAGGAGAUGUCCUACCUGAACCCUUCCUCCCCGGCCGUCCGCCCCUCCAACACCAUCUCGAUGAGCGACUCGGUCCUCAAAUCCGCCAUGAUCAUGCAACCGCAGGAUCGCAACCGCCACAACUUCAUGAUCUUCGGCGGGUUCUUGCUGAAGCAGACCUUCGAGCUGGCCUUCUGCUGCGCCGCCUCGGCCAGCCACGCGCGCCCCAACUUCGUCUCCCUGGACCCCAGCACCUUCGAGAACUCGGUCCCCGUCGGCAGCGUGCUGUACCUGCGGGCCACGGUCGCGUACACCGAGCCCCUGGAGAUCGGCGGCGGCCAGUACACGAAGGUGCGCGUGCGCGUCGACACCAAGGUGCGGGACGUCGCGCACGGCUCCAAGAAGCCCACGGGCAUGUUCAACUACACCUUCCUCGUGGAGAAGGACGUGCAGGUCAUGCCGCGCACGUACAGCGAGUUCAUGGUGUGGACGGACGCGCGCCGGCGGUCGGAGAACGCCGCGGCCAUGGCGCUGGCGCUGGGGGCGGCGAAGGAGCCGAGUGCGCUGCGCGGGUUGCGGGAUAGUGUUACGGAGUAGUUAUCUUGUAGUUCUUCUUGUAGUAGAGGAAAGAGGAAGGAAAAGCUAUGGCUCUAGGGUGGGGUGGAUGAAUACCUACAUAACUAAUUGGAAUAGGAUUCCGGCUG